CCUUCAUUCAGCUGAGUAAAAGAGAUCCCAUGGACUCACACUCACCAUGGCCUUUGUGGGCCUUGACGCGGACGCCUUCCAGCCCGAGGCAGAUGCGGUGGCCGAGUUGCAGCUGCUGAAGCAGGGCCUGGACUUCCGCAGCCGCGAACUGCAGGAGGGCCGCAAGCGCCUGCGCCAGACGCAGAGGCGCUUGCAGACGGCAUGCGAGGAGUUCAAGGCGGAGCGUGCGGGCUUGCAUGCAGAGCUGCGAAGUCUAGGUCAGAGUGGGCAGCAAUUGGGCGAAAGCUUGCACUCGCAGAAGGUUCUCCUAGAGCGGCAAACUGAAACCCUGGACCACGAGCGCAUGACAGUCGACCUGCUGCGCGACGAGGUGCGGCGGAUGCGCCGGGAGCAGCCGGAGACGAACACGCCCUCGUCAAGGCCAGAGAACCUCCGCGCAGCGCGACCUGGAGAACUUCUUUGGGGCGGCGGAGGGUCAGGCAAUGGCUGACGCUCCAAUGGAGAGAUUUUGCCAGGAGGCUCAAAAGCGCCUUGAGCUGGCUCGUGGG